CCAUGUUUCCUGUACUGGGGGGUUUGGCAGCACUGCCUAGGGUCUGUUUAAGCUCUUGGCCUUCACAGAGAGCCAGGCACCCUGAAUACAGAGCAUUCUACCCACGGGACCAGAUGGUGACAGGGGAGGAAAGGCUGUCACAGGGCCUUGCAGUCAGGUGGACAAAUAGCAGCUGUGGACACAAACAUCUUCUGGAGAAUGGCACCUUACCAAGUAAGAAUGAGGACUGCAAGAGGAGGGGGCACAAGAAGCCUGAGAGGAAGAAAAGCAGUGAGACACCUUCAGUCUUCCAGCCAGGCUUCCUUAUGAUGGAAACCUGGUCUGGGUUGCUCAUUACUGAACCUCCUCACACCUGGAGCAGUGCCUGGCACAAGGAGCUUACGAAUCCUCAGAACAGAAGAAACAGAGACGAUUGCUGCCUUCAUUUUAGAGACAAAGAGGUGAGGAGAGCCAGGCAUUCCUCUUUCAACAAGAUUGGCCUUCAAUGUAUUAACACUCUGGACUGUGCCACCACCUCUCAACAGGUGAUUGAACUGAUUCACAGGAAUACCACCAGCGAAAGUCCUGGUAGAGUAUUUCUCAGACCCACUUCACCUCACUCAGGAAGAUGAUGACUAACCUUGGUGAAUAUUGUUCACUAAUGAUGAUCUUCAUUCCUCUUGAAUAAGAGGGAAGAAUGACAAGGUUGAACUUUAUCUUGUCCUGCAAUACAACAAUUGAUGGUCAAGAAAUCCUCCUCUACCCUCAAAGUAAAUCAUCAUAUAAGACACCUGCUUUUAUGUUUAUUGCAGCACUAUUUACAAUAGCAAAGAUCUGGAAUCAACCUAAAUGUCCACCAACACCAUCAACAGGAGACGGGAUCCAAAAAGAAAUGUGAGAUAUACAUAUAGAUAUACAUAUAGAUAUACAUAUACAUACACAUACAUACACACAC